AAGGUCAAUCUGACCCAACUCAAAGUCAACCAAACCCAACCUAACUCAAGCCUAGGUCAACCCAACUCAAACCCAACCCAACCCAACUGAAGCCAAAGGUCAAGUCAACUCAAUCCAACCCAAAGUCCACCCAACUCAAGGUCAGCCAAGGUCAACCCAACCCAACGUCAACUCCAUCCAAUUCAAAGCCAAACUCAACUCCAGGCCAACUCAACCCAACCCUCGGUCAACCCAACCAAUGGUCAGCGAUGUCCAAAUCAACCCAACGACCAAUGCAACUCAAGACCGGACAAUUGAUGGUCAAAGUCAAAACCAACCAACGAUCAGCUCAAGAUCAAAACCCACCCAAUGAUUAGAUCAAGGCCAACCCAACGGUCAGCUCAAGACCAAGACCAACCCAAUGGUCAGCUCAAGAUCAAGACCACCCCAGUGGUCAGCCCAAUUAACCGUUAACCAAAUCAAGACCAACCCAACGGUCAUCUCCAUUAAUGGUCAGCAAGACCAAGACCAACACCCGUGGUCAGCCCAGGUCAAGGCCGAGCCACGCCGAGUCAAGGUCAACCAACCAAUGGUCAAGCUCAAGACCAAGCCAAGAUGGUCAGCCCAGUCCAGACCAAGCCCAAACCCACCCAAGACCAACCCAACACCACCCCAAUGUCCACCCAAGUCAGGACCAACCAAUGAUCAACCUCACCUGGCCAAUGGUCAACCCAAGCCAUGGUCAACGCAAGACCAACCCAGCCAAUGGUCAGUGCGUGGUCAGGGCCAGCCCAGGGGUCAAUCUCUGGCCAAGCCAAGCCAGGGUCAACUCAACCAACGGUCAGCCAAAGCGACACCGAGCCAAGGGGACACCGAGCCAACGGUCAAGCCAAGAUCAACCAAUGGUCAAGCCAAGAGUGACCAAUGGUCAAUACAAGAUCAACCAUUGGUCAAGCCAGGACAAACCAACAGUCAAGCCAAGGCCAACCAAUGGCCAGUGAGGUCAAGAAUCACCCAAAGCUCAACCCAUGAUCAGCCAACGGUCACCAAAGUCAAGAUGAACCAACCAGUGGUGGACACCAACCCAAGCCACAGUCGGCAGAGGCCAAAGUCACCCAAAGGUCAACCCAACACCAACCAAUGGUCAGCGGUCAACCAAUGGUCAAGCUUGACCAAGCAAUGGUCAGUGAGGUCAAUAUCAACCAAGCAACGGUCAGUGAGAUCAAUAUCAACCAACCAAGGGUCAGUGAGGUCAAUGCCAACCAACCAAUCGUGAGCGAGGUCAAGCCCAACCAACCAAGGGUCAAGUGAGGUCAAGCCCAACCAAGCAAUGGUCAACUCCAACUCAAGAGCAACCCAACCCAAGGUCAAGCUGAGGUCAAAGUCCCUCAAUGGGCAACUGAAGACCAAGCCAUGGUCAAUGAAGUCAAGAUCAAUCAUUCCAUGGUCAAGACCAAGAUCAAGGUAAGCCCAACCCAAACCGAACGCAAGGUCAGCCAAAGGUCAACCCAAACCCAGCCAAUGGUCAGCGAGGUGAAGAGCAACCAAGCCGUGGCCACGAUCAUCCCAUGGCCAAAAGCAACCCAAAACCAACACAAAGUCAAGACCAAUCCAAGGUCCAAGACCAACCCAAAUCCAAAAGCAAACCAUGGCCAAGACCAACCCAUGGUCAAAAUCAACCCGAAGUCAAGGCUAACUCAUGGUCAAGACCAACCAACCAAUGGUCAAGAACAACCCAUGGCCAAAAUCAAGCUGAAGUCAAGACUAACUGAUGGUCAAAAUCAACCAACCUAAAGUCAAAAGCGGCCCAAGGUCAAGGCCAACCCAAAGGCAAGACCAACCCAUGACCAAGACCAACCCAUGACCAAAACCAACCCAUGAUCAAGACCAAUCAACCACUGGUCAAGACCAACCCAAAAUCGAAACCAAUCCAAGGUCAAGAUGAACCCAUGGCCAAGACCAACCAACCCAACGCCAAGAGCAACCCGAAGUCAAGACCAACGCAAGGUUCAGACCAACCCAAAGUCAAGACCAAUCCAUGGCUGAGACCAACCCAAGACCAAGAACAACUCAAGGCCAAGACCAAUCCAAAGUCAAGACCAACUCAUGGUUAAGUUCAACCAACCCAAA